AUGUUUGGUAGCGAAGAGUCUAUAAACAAACUUCUCGUACGGAAUGUGUCGACCGAUUGGUCUCAGUUCGCGGGCCUUCCCUUCGCCUUUGACUUCGAGGCCCGAUUCGCGCAAAUGUUUGGUAGCGAAGAGUCUUUAAACAAACUUCUCGUACGGAAUGUGUCGACCGAUUGGUCUCAGUUCGCGGGCCUUCCCUUCGCCUUUGACUUCGAGGCCCGAUUCGCGCGUGACUUUCACCGCCAAUGGCUGUACCAUCACUGGUGGGUCUCGAUAUACGUGUGCGUCCUAUACGUGACUCUAGUACUGGUCGGCCAACACGUGAUGUCCCGUCGGCCCAAACCGCUCAGCCUUCGAGUGGCGCUCUUCUGUUGGAACCUAUUCCUGGCCUUCUUCUCAAUCGUCGGUACCAUCAGAUGUCUGCCGGAGUUUGUGUCAGUGAUCCGCACCUCUGGUCUGGAGUCGUCGUAUUGUGUGAGCUCCUACUACGACGACGUGCGGCUCACCUUCUGGUACUGGGUGUUCGUGUGGAGCAAAGUGGUGGAGUUGGGCGACACCGGGUUCAUCAUCGCCCGCAAACAGACACUCAUACCUCUGCACUGGAUUCACCACGUGUUGACGCUGUCGUACGCGUUCUUCGUGAUCGGUGAGGCGCCGGCCAGCGCCCGAUGGAUGGUCAACAUGAACUUCACCAUACAUUCACUGAUGUACAGCUACUACGCCCUGAAGGCGAUCCGAGUGCCCGUUUCGCGUACGAUAGCGAUGGCCAUCACCACCGCUCAGAUCCUUCAGAUGGUGUUCGGUUUGUACAUAAACUUCUUCGCCUUCCACCAGAAGUGGUCGGGCCGUCACUGCGACACAUCCAUCAGCGCCUCGGCCUCCGGUCUGAUCCUCUACGCCCUGUUCUUCGCGCUGUUCAUCAACUUCUUCGCCAAGACUUACGGAAAUCGUUUUACGCUGAAGUCAAUGAAACGACUCCUUUCCGGCGCCGCAAAGGAUGUGCUCAAUAAAGUCGACUAA